ACCGUAUAAUUGACAGUCUACAGAGUGGUUUCUGGUUAAAGUCUAUCAAAACGUUGGGUUUGAUCUACUGUGCUUUAUUCUAAGACAUUCUGAAAUGUUGACCUUUUUCUAUACAGGGAUGUGGACCUUGGCCAAAGUAACCACCGUUCUCCUCCUGUCUGGGAUACCUUUACAAAGUCACGCCGUGCCCCAGAUACGCUACUCUCAUGCAGGCAUUUGCCCGAACGAUAUGAAUCCAAACCUUUGGGUGGACGCACAGAGCACCUGUAAGAGGGAAUGUGAAUCUGACCAGGAAUGUGAAAGCUAUGAAAAGUGUUGCCCCAAUGUUUGUGGAACGAGGAGCUGUGUGGCUGCAAGAUACAUGGAUAUUAAAGGAAAAAAAGGUCCUGUUGGCAUGCCAAAGGAGGCUACGUGUGACUACUACAUGUGUACCCAGCAGGGUUCUGAAUGUGAGAUUUGGGACGGGAAUCCCAUCUGUAAAUGCAAAGACCGAUGUGAGAAGGAGCCCAGUUUUACGUGUGCUUCAGAUGGACUUACCUAUUACAACAAAUGUUUUAUGUAUGCUGAGGCUUGCACUAAAGGUAUUUCAUUAGCUGUUGUCACAUGUAAAUAUCAUCUCAGUUGGCCCAACACCAGUCCCAUUCCUUCUGAGACCACCCCAAACCCAACAAUUUCAUAUUUGGAAGCUGUAAUCACAAAUAUCAUUCCUCCAACAAUCGUAAGCAACCCCACUCAUAAAACUGUUCAUGUGGGCGACACGGUGAGCUUUCACUGCGAUGUAACUGGCAAACCUAAACCAGACAUAGCAUGGGAAAAACAGGCUGAAGGCAAGGAAACACUGAUUAUGAAACCAAACCAUGUCAUAGCCAACAUUGUGAUCACCAACAUCGGCCAACUUGUUAUCUACAAUACUCAACUUCAGGAUGCAGGGACAUACACCUGCACAGCCACAAACGUGGGUGGUCUUAUCAAGAUCAACUUUCCCUUGACUGUGAAGGAACAACAUAGUAAAGAAAAGGGUCACAGCAAAACCUUCUACCCAACCGAUGAGUGUCUUAAACCACCGGACAGCAAGGAUUGCGGAGAAGAACAAUCAAGAUGGUAUUUUGAUGCAAAGAAAAAUAACUGCUUUAUAUUCAUCUACGGUAAUUGCAAUAGCAACUUAAACCACUUUGAAACCUACGAGGCGUGCAUGUUAACAUGUAUGAACGGCCCAGUCAGCAUCUGUAGCUUACCAGCUUUGCAAGGACCAUGUAAAGCAUAUGAACCCAGGUGGGCUUAUAACAAACUCAUUAACCAGUGCCAAUCUUUCAUUUAUGGAGGAUGCGGUGGGAAUGAAAACAAUUUUGAAAGCAAAGAUGUUUGCGAGGACAUGUGCCCCUUUCCAAAGAACCAUAAGUGCAAAGUAUGCAAGACUCGCCAGAAGCUGGUGACUAGUUUCUGUAAAAGCCACUUUGUGAUCUUGGGGCGAGUAACAGAGUUGACAGAAGAUCAGGACUCAGGACAAGCUUUGGUCUCUAUUGAGGAAAUUCUGAAAGAUGAAAAAAUGGGACUUAAGUUUCUAGGAAAGCAACCACUGGAGCUCACCUUACUCAAUAUGGACUGGAGCUGUCCUUGUCCCAACAUCACGUCAAUUAACAGUCAACUCAUCAUUAUGGGCGAUGUUCACAAUGGCAUGGCUGUGUUGCAACCUCAUAGCUACAUUGGGGCAAGCAGUGCCCGACGUAUCAGAAAGCUACGUGAAGUCAUUCACAAUAAGACAUGUGAUCUUCUCAAAGAGAUUUUAGGGCAACCAUAGCAUUUUGCAUUAACAAAUCAUCAUACGCAAAAUACUAAAAUUAAAUUAAACAGUACUUGUAGAGUAUACAUUUAACUGCUAAUACAUACAUAUACCUAUGACACAGAGGAACGUUUUUUGUAUUUUUUUUUUUUACUUCUGCACUGGUCAAGAGCCAUACAUUUUUGCCCGCUGUCCAUCCGAGAGAAGUGGAGAGGAAUGACAGAGGCAACAGAACAUUCAAGUAACCAAAAGAUCAUCAGCUCCUGGGGCAAGUUUAAAAAAGUACAACAAAGCUUUAAAUUUGUAUCUGAUUUCACAGUCUACUUCAAAGUGCGCCCUAUCAUUUCAUAGGGUAGCAUGCAACUAGACUUGUGCACAAAUGCUCUUCACCUACGAUGAACUAAUCAAAAUUCUGUUAACCUCCACCUGAAAUGAUUGAUUUUUCACGUAAAUCCCGUAAAGAUCGAUUAUUUUGGGCAUAGAUUAACAGGAAUUUGAUUAAUUCAUCACAGGUGAAAUUGAUUUGUGCACAAUUCAACAUGCAAAAUGUAAUUAUUCUGCACAUGUUUAUUAACAUGACCGUAAAAAUUAUUUGCCAAUACCAUUCACGAGUCUGCUGAAACAGAAAUGCAAAGUGUGGAAACUAUGCAGAUAUUGUUUUACAGAUUACAACUAUCAAAAAUUUCACAAACGUUUGAUUGUUAAUACUAACUAUGCUAUCUGGUCAUAGUCAGAUGGCUAUAACUCUGGAGCACUUAUUUGUAUAUUUUUAUAUCUCAUCGUAGCAUCUGGGCCUCACUGUGUAAAAAUAGGCAAAUGCGGAGGUCAAAAUAGUUUACAUAACAUAAGCUUGAUAAUUAAUUAAAACACAACCAGUUUACCUACAAACAAUCUAAACAUCUUAAAAUCACAGUGUAGUUUGCCAUAUUGUAGCCCCUCGUCAGUCUCUAAACCACAACGUCUGUAAUAAUUAGCUCCUAGUAGUUAUAGAUCUGUUUGGAUUACAAAUCAGAAGUCCAAUAGUGGAAUUUUGCGUUUUUUGGUUGUUGUUUUUUUUACAAUCUGAUUCCUGCAAGUAAACAGUUUUUUCUUUGAGAAUUGAUCCACACAUCCAAUCAGUUGCUGCAUGAUUGUGGUUCUCGUAUAUUUCAAUGGAUAUGUUUCUUACCUGUAAUCAACUAUUUUUCUGCCAGUAUUACUUUGUUACAGUUUGUCAUCCAGGAAUCCAAUUUAAUUA